UUUUGUCUAUCAUGGUCCUGAAAUUGACGCAGAUGAAUGGCUUUCUCCAUUGUUAAGCACAGUUCAAUGGUACUGACGGUGCCGUAGACCCGCCAGUAUCCACAACUUGAUGUAUGCUAUUAUAAUAGAGGUCUGCCAGCUGAAGCAUAAUGGGUGCACAGCUGAAGACGGCUGGCUACCACCGGAAUGCGGCUCGGCGGAGAAAGACUAUUUUCAAAAAGUGCGAAGAGUUGAGCCGGCUUGGGGUCGACCUUUGGAUUAUUAUCGGUUCAGCUGAUCAAACACAUGUUUUCAAAUCAAGGGACCGUGGUCUGUUUGAUAGGUUUGACAGGCAAGUGAUGCUAUCGUGCGCUCGACCCAAAUGGCAAAAGGCUCAAAAGGAGAUCCUCGCACCAACCAUAGCGCCUCGUCGAGUGCGCAUUAUCGAUCGGCUGCGUGCGGACCAUUUAGGUUCUGCGAUAGAGGAAAAUACAGACGCUGUUAAAUGA